ACCACCGCUGCAUGCUUACACUCAUGAGUGAGUAAAAGAGUCACUAAAACUCCUCGUGGUGAGUGAACGAAACUCGUUCAAUACAACGUUUCAACUCACUAUCUCCCUCUUGCACUCACUUUGCACAUCUUUAAUCGGAAGUGUCGUUACAAUCUAAGAAGGGAAGAAGGAUUUCCGAGCUUCCAGACUCAAAGCACGACACCUGGACUCGUAUACGGGUAGGACAGAAGAAUGUUCACCAUAGUAUUUGUGGAAAACAAAUCUAGUAGGAGUCCUCUAAACCUAUUCGACAUGAUCGAUGUUGAUCGGUACUACUGAAGAUAAGUCUCAACCUGACUAUCAAGCAGAAGCGAACCUUAAUGUCUAAGAGGUCUCUCAGGGAAUUCUUUUGAAGAGGUCUAGAAUUCUUCUUGCUUACAAUGACAUCAUUGACGGUUCUCAUCCAAUUACGUAUUCUGCCAUUUCUGGUGGACGCUUAAUCUCCCUUUCUCCCUUCUUGGUGUAACUAAUUAUUAGGUCAUGCCAGCCAUAUUGUAUCCCGUGGGAUAUUGUGACCAGCCCUGUUGAGUUAGAGACGACUAACCUCCCGUACUGUACGUUAUCGGAUGUAUAUAAUUCCAACAUCGACCGUCUCGACAAGUGUUUUGAGAGAAGACAUUCCCUCUGACUCAAAACAAUCUUAUUCUUUUCAAUUACAUCGCAUCGCGUUAAAAAAUUAGAGAGUUUGACAAUAAAAGAGCUCUUGCUAAAACAUCGUAGAACAUGAAAAGUACUACGUAAAUCCUGAAUGGAAAAGCGACAUUCGUUUUGUCCGUAAUAGCCAGCAUACUGAAAUGUUUAUGCGCUCUUCGUCGAUAGCACACUGGGUGGGCUUUCCCGGCAACGGAUGUAAACAAUCUUCCUCCCUACCCGCUAUUGGAGGAUUUGGAGGGCUUUUUUUGCAGACUGGUCGCAAAACGAACUUAUGUACUCGGAUUGCUACACCAUUCCAUUCUGGAUGCGCGCGAGUGCAGUGCUCGGUGUCAGUUGAAAUCCGUCGAUUGGUGCAGGUUGUUCUGCUGCUCGAUUUCCGUCCAUUGGCGUGACACAAUCUUUGGAAGAAGUGUACCGUGUUUCGUUACCGUGCUGCGUGGUCCGAGUGUUAGUGAAAAGAUAAAGUUUGUGCGAUUAAAGACAUCGCAUCGAUCUCGGCGUGAUCUAUUCCUGCUAGGCAAUACACAACCAAACUCAAACAGAUAAACCAUGGCUCAAGAAAUGCUGGUGAUCAUCAAUCAACUGGCUGCUUGUUAAACUGAUUCCUAGUGCACGGGACACUGUGGACAUAUUGGACGCGACUCCUCCUGCAGACUUUUCUGGUGACUGAAGAACUGACCGCAAGACAUGCUAUCUCCCGCAAACCUGGAUGAAAUCAAGGAACGCAUUAGCAAAAAUGAAGAGAAAAUCAAUGUCCUGCAGGCUAUCAACAAUGUGCUGAAGGAGCGUCACGAGAUCGAGUCCAAUUACAAGAAUCUAGCACAUAAGUUCAAGGAGAUGCAGGAAGAGGAAGCGUUUCGUCGAGCGAAGGUAUGUAGUUUUGAUGAAGCGCGCAAGAAGCAGCUGGCGGAGCUGCAGGCAAAGGGUGAGGCACUCUGCCGGGAGAAGGCAAAACUCCAGCAUCAGAUCGAGCACGUCACCUGGCAUCUGGAGGGAUGCCGCAGGCGUCGCCCGUGUUUGGCCCGUCUACCCGAGAACUGCCCAUUGAAAGGAGACGCACCGAGCUGUUUGCCCCAUUCGCCAGAAAAGUUAAAGAUCAUGGCAAACAUGAAAAGCACUGCCGAUCAUCUAGUGCGAGGUAUUAUGGACCUGCGAAAGAAGAUCCACAUUGUGCAGGAUAAGCUCGAGCAUGAAGUGGCGCGCAAGAAAGAGAUGGAAAAGAAGCUAGCGGAGCUGCGUAAAGAGAUCUGUCGCCAUAACAAGUGUAUGCAGCAGCAGCAGCAACAACAGCAGCAUCAGCAACAUCAGCAGCAGCAUCACCAUCAUCAGCAGCAUGGUCAUCAUCAUCACCAUCAUCAUCAUCAUACGGUUCCAGCCGUCGGUGGUGGUGGUGGGGGCGGAAACGGUGGACACGGUACGACGUCACUACCACCGAUAACGAAAAAUUGUAUCGCCACCAAAUAGCAGCGGGUGAAUUCCGAAAGCGUCAAGCCCGAUCGCCACCAGUGUCCACACGGGAAGUACAUCAAACUGCCGAGAGCAACUUCCAACACGACAUCGUGAGAACAUUUCGCAUGCUGGUUAAGUCGCCGAAAGCAAAACGGAAAUGGCGAACGACGGGCAUACUUAAGGCAUUCUAUUCGAACUUUGAACAUUGCCUGUGCUUUUUUGGAAUUCGAAAUCAAUGAGUCAUUUUACACACUUUUUUCUAUCUGUAUCGUACGUACAAAGCAAACAUUUUACGACAGGCAAUCGCAUUGAAAGUGAGUUGUGUGUUGCCCUCCCCCGCCACUGCCACUGUCUUGUAUUGUUUGUUGUUCAUUUAGAAUGGCUUUUAGCUGCUAAAGGAUAAAUGCGUCCUGUCUUUACUAAUCCUCCACAACUAGAUUCUGUCGUCGUUACCGUUGUCGACGUUAACAAGAAAUCAAGUAUAAUGUGUUAAUCGGUAUAGUUACCAAUAGAACUAUUAUCUAGCCUCAAUUACGAUAGUCGUUAUUGUUUUUGUGCUCAAAGUCAUACAGUUAUAGCACCGAUAUAUUAACCUUACGAUGCAUUUAAUGCAACUCACUGCAGAGGAGAUCGAUCUAGACAUGCAUAUAUACCAUAUACGCUUAGCUGGUUAUUAUCAUCUAUCGCACGAAGAAUGAUCGCCAUGAUUUGUGAGAAAGUUUUGUUUUUAUUACCAGCGCAGUCUCUCUACCUUUUGCGAGGAUUGUCUAUCCGGAAUGCAAAACACGUAGUGUAGGACAGGCAUUAUAUAAUGAGUAAAGAUGAGCCUGUAGAGAUUCGAGGCAAUCGAACGGAAUCUGCAAUAUUAAAAUUGUUGAUUACACCUUGCGCUAGUGUCUCACGAUUUGGCUGUUUACUUCUUCGUUCGCUCUAUUUAUAUAGUACCCCUUCUUGUUUAUUCAUGUUAUGCGAAAUCGUUUUUAUUCUGAAUAAAUGGAAAGAAUGUUUCACUGGAAUCCAA